AGACCCCUUUCUGUACUAUCAAGCAAGAUUGAGCACAUUGGGAAUGAUCUUGAGCCUUGGUCUUCCAACUUUCACCUAACGUUGGUGAAUAUACAGAAUGGCUGAAGCACUUGAGGACGUCCUGAAGAAACGGGCCUGCAGGAGACCAGAAGUGAGGGAGCUUGAGCGUGGCCGUCAGCACGUGGGCACCUGUACCCUGGCACCCUGGAGCCCGGAGGACCAGCCGCCUCAGCCUUCCCCUGAGGGCAGUCCAGGCAGGCCGCGCCCAGAGACUCCUCAGAACAGUGAAAGGAGCACGGCCCAGCCUUGCCCAAGAUGCAUUGCAGGGGAAUCUGGGCAUUUUACCCACACCAGGGACCUUUAGAAGAGGCAAACCGGAAACGAGGAUUCUAGUUUGCUUUUGGACUCGCCGUGUGACAGCAAAUGUGCACACCUUACAGAUGGGUUUGGGCACCCACCUGUUCAGAUACCGGGCUGCUCUUUGCCGGGCAGUUGGUUGUCUUCACUCAGGUAAUCGGUCCUCUGCACCUGAGCCGGGAGCCUCUGCGUCACUUCCGGCUUCCCUUGAAGUGUGCUGGAGUAGGGAGCUCAAUUGUAUUAUUUAAAAGUUAAAAGAAUUGUGCACCAAACUUCCUAGGAUGUUUGGGAACCCUGUGGCUUAUGGCAUAAUUGUAUCCAGAUGUACAGUAGCUCUGUUUUUAUACUUUCCCAUUGUUUUGAGGACGUAUCCAGGGCUGCUUACAUAUACUUUUUAAUUGAAAGACUUAUUUUUAUAUUUAAAGUGCUCUAUAAUCUUGAAGUGAAUUUUACUAAGUACUAGUUGUUUUCUGUGUCAUUUUCCAGCCAACGUUGCCAGGGAAAGAACACAUUUUAUAUUAAAAUGGAAUUGCUUAUCUUCUCUUGAGUUUUCCGUGUGGAGACUGGUGU